GGGCCUGGUUCCGGUGUCCGCCCUGCGGCCCCUCCCGCCGCCGCCGCCGCCGCCGCCGCGAUGGUGCCGCUGUGGCGGUCCCGCUGCCUCGGCCGCGCGCUUGGCCGCUCGCUGCGCGCCCUCCGACAGGGGAACUGUACUCUGGCAAGAUCCCCUCUGUCUGGUGUGUCUGGGAGCCAAGGACUGGCUUACACAAACAGCAGGAAGCUUAUAGUGAAUAGCUCCAGUGUCUUCACUGUCCGCUACUUCAGAACCACUGCGGUACAUAGGGAUGAUGUGGUUACGGUGAACACACCAGCCUUUGCAGAGUCAGUCACAGAAGGAGAUGUCAGGUGGGAGAAAGCUGUUGGAGACACAGUGGCGGAAGAUGAAGUGGUGUGUGAGAUUGAAACAGACAAGACAUCAGUGCAAGUUCCAGCCCCAGCAGCUGGUGUGAUUGAAGCCCUUCUGGUACCCGAUGGUGGCAAAGUGGAAGGGGGGACACCUCUAUUCAAACUCAGGAAAACUGGAGCUGCUCCUGCCAAGGCUGCACCAGCAGCAGCCCCUCCUCCUCCUGCAGCCCCUGAACCUGCAGCUGCGCCUGCUCCUCCCCCUGCUGCAGCACCAAUUCCCACUACAAUGCCACCAGUGCCGCCUGUGUCAACUCAGCCCAUCGACAGCAAACCAGUGUCUGCUGUGAAGCCGGCUGCAGCCCCAGUGGCAGCCCCUCCUGGGGAGGCAGUGCCCACCAAAGGUGCCAGAUCAGAGCAUAGGGUGAAAAUGAAUAGGAUGCGUCAGCGUAUUGCUCAGCGGCUGAAAGAGGCUCAGAAUACUUGUGCCAUGCUGACCACUUUCAAUGAGAUUGAUAUGAGCAACAUCCGGGAGAUGAGAGCUGUACACAAGGAUACCUUUCUGAAAAAGCACAACCUGAAGCUAGGUUUCAUGUCAGCUUUUGUGAAAGCUGCGGCCUUUGCUCUGCAGGACCAGCCUGUUGUGAAUGCGGUGAUUGAUGACACGACCAAAGAGAUUGUGUACAGGGACUAUGUGGACAUCAGUGUUGCUGUAGCAACUCCCCGGGGUCUGGUGGUCCCUGUGGUUAGGAAUGUAGAGAACAUGAACUUUGCUGACAUAGAGCGUGCUAUCUACGAGCUGGGGGAGAAGGCACGGAAGAAUGAACUGGCCAUUGAAGACAUGGACGGUGGCACUUUCACAAUCAGCAAUGGUGGGGUUUUUGGGUCACUCUUUGGAACACCUAUCAUUAACCCACCCCAGUCUGCCAUCUUAGGCAUGCAUGCCAUCUUUGACAGGCCUGUGGCUGUGGGAGGCAAGAUUGAGGUGCGGCCGAUGAUGUUCGUGGCGCUGACCUACGACCACCGGCUCAUCGACGGCAGAGAGGCCGUCACCUUCCUGCGCAAGAUCAAGGCAGCGGUGGAGGAUCCCCGCGUGCUGCUGCUCGACCUGUAGGGCAGCCACACCCCCACACAACCCACCCAGGACAGGGCAGCACCAGCAGGGACGAUGCAGGGCAUUCAGGAACUGGCAGGGGUCAUUCCAGUCUUUCUCCCUCCGCUGUGAUUGGAGCUGUCCCAAAGGGAAUUACGGGAAUAGCUCCUACCUCCUUUCCUAUUUUGUUUAAUGAAGGUUUAGUAUCUCACAAGAACUUGCCGUGCAGUGGGCCAGCCGCUGAAUGGCACUGCCUUUCCAGAGCCAUCUGCGUGGCAUCCUCUCCCUCACAGCACCAAACUCUCACCUCUAGCUUGUCCUAUACCACUGGAAACUGCUUGCUGCUGCUGUGCUAGGGUACCCUUCCCUGCCCCUCCAUGGCAGGUUCAGCUUUACUGCCUAGCACUGAGGUUCCUGGGAGGGAGAGGAGAGGAAAGGCUACUGUCCUGUCCCAUGUUUUGCUUGAAAAUAUUUCACGCUCAUCAGCCUCGCAAGGGUGGUCUGACCCCGAGACCACUUGCAGGAAAAGUUUUGGUCAGAGCAGGGCUUGAGGUGGGUGUCAUGCUUCUGGCAGUGCCCUGGUUACACUCCCUCCACAGACAGUAACACGGGGUGGCAGCUCCCCUACUUUCCCUUGGUGAUUGUCGCUCACUAGCCCAGUCACAGUGGUGUGAAUGUUCUUGCUGGGGUGGGCAGAGCCCGUGACCUCUGUGGAGGCAGCACUGUUCCUGGGGACAGCCCUUUCACCAUUACAUGCCCGACAGGGGGCUGAGAACCAGCCCCCAGCAGCUGUCCUUGGCACACAGCUCACUGGGUGUGACUGCUGGCUUCCUGCGUGCUCCCAGCCCACACCCAGCUGGGGGGCCAGGCCUUUCACUGAAAUGUACAUCCCAGCCCACGGGUGCUGGUUUGGGGGGAGGGGGGCAGUUCUGAAUCCGAUAGCGCACACAUGAAUUGAGGGGUGAGGGGGUUGCUAGUGCCUGCAGAGUCUAUUACUCUUACCCCCUACACAGAACUUGUAACAAAAAUAUUUAACACAGCGGAUUUUAAAUGAAAUAAAACUGUGCAACGA